AGUUUCCACACGGUUUCAAAUUGUUCUUACAGGAUAAAAUGUAUUUUUAUAUUUUAGGCUCAAAUAAUUAUAAUGAAAAACCAAUCAUUUAUUAAGUAAGCACGCGGUUAUUGCCAUGCCAAAAUUUUACUAUUUUGUUGUUAAAUAAUAACCAAAAACUAAAAAGGCGAGUCAUGUCAAAUUGAAGAAGUUGGUUUGUUAUUUUGUAGGUAUAUGAGAUGUGAAUACUUUGACGACAUAAAUGGAAUAAUAUGCGAUUUACAGUAUACUGCGUUUAGCUAAUCGAAUACUUCUCGCCGACUUGUUGUGUGGACUUUGUUAUUUAUAUUUAGGUGCAACGUUAUGCGUAUAAUGUGAAAAGAUGAAUACCGACUUGAAAGAUGCUUUUACUCGUACCAAAGCUGUGUGUGAUGCUAUCAUGGUGUGUCCUACGGCAGACAGUAUUGCCGAGUACACAUCCCACGUUGUGGACUUUAAAAAAGAAGUAGUUCAGGAACUCCAGCAGUACUUACUUUUCCCUCUCAUCACACACUUGAAGUCCAGCAAAACUGAAAAUAAACAUGAGUUACAACUUAAGUUGGUGGAUUCCAUGAGGAUGGUGCUAGAGAAGGUUACGGUAAACAGUUUUGAAAUGUGCAUGAAAAUGGAGAUUGGACUUCUACAGAUUGUAUUCGACCACACUAAACCAGGCAUGAUUGCCGAAAUCCCUGAAGAACUAAAGUACAGUGUGAUGCAAUGCCUGACAGUUCUGCUGCUCAAUGUAGAUACUAAGUACAGAGAGGUAAUGUUUAAGACACAUGUGCCAUUGUUAGGGAAAGCUGUUUAUGUGUCCGUUCAUAUAGCCAAGUUGGAAAAGCUCAGGGCUUUAAGAUUAGCAGCAAUACACUGCGUGACAGCUCACACGGCGACGCACGAUCAGCUGACAGUCGAUUAUCACAUCACAGACCCUGUACAGGAGAAGCUAGUGGUGGAUAUGUUGUCCCUCAUACUGCCUGGCGUGUUGGGGGCGCUGCAGGAUGUCGCCACGUGCCAUAACAACCCCGGCCACGCACUGGUUGUGACAGCCAUAGACGCAAUGCAUCGAAUAUUAUGUCUUGCAAUGAACAAUAAGUUUAUGUCAGAAAACAACAUGAUCACCGUGGAAGACUUUGUGAAAAUGGUCAAAGAGAAGGAUAACAAAGAAGUAAGCAGUAAGGCGCCCGUUGACCCCAAGUCGUUGCCGGUCCGAAGUCCGGAGUGGUUCAGUGUGGCUGGCGACAAGCUGCUGCUGAUCACAAAGAGCCUGGUCACUUUGGUCACACAUGAGCACUUCAAAGUGAGGAAGGAACUCGCUGUGUACUGCGCUAGGCUAUUAUUUGAGUGUGAUAUUGCAAUGAAGACAUCAGUUCCUCCCGCCCUAAACGUGUUAAUAACACUUACAAAAGACGAGUACCCCGAGGUCUCCGAAUACUGUAUUAACGCCAUCAAGACAUACUUCGACAACGCAACUGUUGAUACGCGGAUAAAAACACUAGACUCUCUCUGUGAAAACUUUUUCGUCGCUCUAAACAGUCUUCCUAGAAUUAUGAAUAAUAUUGAUUCGAACCGCAAGUUGUCCGCCCUGAACCUGGUGCACGGGUACCUGGGCGUGCUGAUCAUCGAGUCGCUCCCGCAGCGGCUGACGGCGGCGCUCAGCAGCCCCGCGCGCGCGCACGCCGCCGCCGCCGCGCUGCUGCAGGCCGCCGCGCUGCACGCUGACCUGCACAUGCUCACGCAGCACGCCAGCAGAGACGUGUUAUCCCCGCCCCCAAUAAACUCCCCCUGGUGCAAGCUGCGACACCUGGACCUGCCCGUGUGUGAGUGGCGCCUGCAGGAGGUCCUGCAGCAGCUGGGCCGGGCCGAGGGCGCGCCGCUGCUGCUGGACCAUCUGCUGGAGCUGUUCCAGCAGGAGCGACAGCCGGAGAUACUCUACAUCUGCAACUGGAUGGUCACAGCUGCUCUAAGCGAAUCGAUGGUAAAACGAAUUCUGCGCGAGUUCAUAGAGGAGAAGGUGUGGUACCUGCCGCUGGAGGUGGGCAGUGACGAGCUGCCGCUCACCGAGCAGGACACGCUCGAUGUCACCGUGUAUAACCCCAGGGCCUGGGACAAGGACAGUGUGCCGGACCUGUACGAGGGCACGGUGGAGACCCGCUACACGGACAUCAGCUCGCAGGCCCCGCGCGGGUCGCGGCCGCGCGGCGCCUGCCACUCCCUGCGCCAGGCGCAGCGCAACAUGCUGCUCAGCUGCCUGCUCACCGAGGGGCUCGGGGCCGUCGCCAAGAGGCUCGGGAACAACUACCAACCGUUCCUGCUGAAGACGCUCUGUCUGGUGCUCGAGAGAGUAGGCAGUAAAUACGAGAUGCUGCACCUAGCGGGGCUGAAGGCCCUCCACGAUAUCGCGUUGGCCUGCGAGCACGACUCCGUCGCCGACCUCAUCAAGUGCAACGCUGACUACAUCACUAAUCAAGUCACAGUCAGGCUAAAAAAGGCUUGGAAUUGUCAGUCAGCACUACAGAUCCUGUCAGUGGUGAUGGAGUACAGCGACUCCUCUAUAAUAAACUAUCUCUAUGGUAUUGUUCAAGAUGUUCUAGUCCAAAGUUGUGAUAAAUAUUAUGAAAAAGAUUUAUACGCGUACUUACAAGUGUUCCUAACAUUUGUUGAUUGUAUUCGAAAAUGGUAUACGAUAGCACAAGAAGCGCCAAAGACUUGCCAAGAGAAUAAACCAAUAGAUGUGAUGCAGGAGCUAAGAGUAUUUGUAGAGAAUAGGGAGGAAGCAGAGAGACUGCUAAACGAGGAGGAGUUUGAGAAAGAGACUGGUAAGAAUGUGGAGGAGAUGUACAAAGAGGAUGCUAAGAGAAAAGAGGAAGAUGUCUUAGAUUACGAUGACACUGUUAAAGAAGAAAAAACAAAACCACCACAAUACGUAACCGUAACAGUAAUAAUACUGAAACGCUGUCUAAACUACGUGUCUUCAUCUGAUCGGGAUAACUCGAUACUAGCGCUGAGUGUAUUGAACCGCGGCCUGCCGAUACUCCGGAGUUACGAGAACGAGUUGUUACCGCUCGUGCACUUGUCGUGGGCGCCGCUCGUCAACAGGUUCGAGGCCGAGCCGCCUGUCAUGAUGGCGGCCUUCGAGUUGUUGGUCACCAUGGCGGAGUUAGCCAGGGAUUUUAUUAGGGCCAGAGCCGUUAAAGACGUGCUCCCGCACAUAUACAAGUACCUCGGGCAAUCGUCCCGCGACAGCCACCUGAAGGACGUGGGCUCGUGGUACCGCAGCAGCGCGGCCUACUCGCUGCAGCAGGCGGCGCUGCGCGCGCUGCCGCGCCUGGCCGCCGCCCUCGCGCUGCGCGACCUGCCGCUGCAGCGGGCCAUGGACUGCGUGCAGCCCUACUUGUCCAAGAAACAACCCAAGGCUUUGCAGGCGUUAGCCGUGCAGUUCUUCAGGUCCAUGCUAGACUACAACUACGGCGCGACGUGGUAUCACCUGCGAACAGUCUGCAACAACGAGGUCACUCUGUCGCCGCCCGCAGACAACCGCGUGCAUUUACUGCCCGUCGUCGGCACCCCCUACCACCCUACCAAUAAGGAUUAUGAGAAUAAUAUUACAUUAAUAUUUAAUCAUACAGUAUCGUAAUAAAUCACUUUUCUAAUGUC